GCGAUCAGAACGAUGCAGGAGACGGCUACAAAAUCUGCGAUCCAUACUUGAUUCCUUUACUUUUGUAUAAGGAAUGCAGUAUAGCAACUGUUUACACGCACUGAUAUUCAAUAAAGCCGGAGUUUAUGUGUGCAGUUGGAAUCGUUCAAAACUUUGUCACCUAGUCGCUCCAAAUUUCCCCACCCCACUCACCGUAUAAGGCACAUUUUAGAAGUUCCCGGAAGGGGAGUGACCCGGGAAUUUGCCAUUUUCCUUGUGACCAGACACCAAAACUAUAAAAGUGAUGGGAUCAUGAUACAAAAAUAUUCUUCCCGAAAAACAUUAAAGAGAAAGCCAGACGAGCUCAGAAACAGCGACCACAGAGCGCAUUACGAAACGGCCAGUGUCUGCCAGCAAGCAGGCUGAGAUCCCAUCUUAAGUCCCUGAGCAAUACUUAGACGCGGAAACAAAAAUGUUGUGCCCCUGGCACUAUCUGCGAAAGAAGAAGCACUUCAACAACACCGUUGACAUCUUGGAUCUGAACAACAACGUAUCGAAUGGGAAAUUCAGAUUCACAUCUAAAGGAGAUGACCCGCAGCUCAUUCAAAAAGAUGAAGCAUUGAAGGAAAACCUCAAAGUGAAGGACGUCUUGGAGAAUUUGGAGAAACAUACUGGGACCAAGCCACACUCAAGAUGCCCAUUCAUAAGGCUGAAAAAUAUAGAGAAUGGAAAUGUCACUCAGGAUACUCUGCACCAGAAUGCAGUUCAGAAUUUGCCUUGUAAGUCAAAGACAUGUCAUGGGUCCAUUAUGACCCCCAAAGUACUGACCAGGGGCCCCAGAAGCAAACCAGUGCCACCUGAAGAACUUCUGGUUCAAGCCAUUGAGUUUAUUAACCAGUAUUACCAUUCCUUUAAAAAGCCUAAGACCGAAGAGCACCUGGCUCGCGUGGAAGCCGUGACUAAAGAGAUUGAAACCACAGGAACCUAUCAGCUGGAAGUAGCAGAGCUCGUCUACGCAGCUAAGCAGGCCUGGCGCAAUGCUCCCAGGUGUAUUGGGAGGAUCCAGUGGUCCAACCUUCAGGUAUUUGAUGCACGAAGCUGCACCACUGCACAGGAGAUGUUCCAGUUUAUCUGCAAUCACAUCAAGUUUGCAAGCAACAAUGGGAACCUAAGAUCAGUUAUCACCAUCUUCCCUCAGAGGACAGACGGGAAACAUGAUUUUAGAGUUUGGAACAGCCAGUUGAUUAGAUACGCUGGCUAUCUGAUGCCAGAUGGAUCAAUCUUAGGAGACCCUGUCAAUACUGAAUUCACUCAGAUGUGUAUUCACCUAGGGUGGAAGCCAAAAUUUGGUCGCUUUGAUGUACUUCCUGUGAUCCUUCAAGCAAAUGGUGAGGACCCAGAACUUUUUGAGAUUCCUCCUGAUAUAAUUCUUGAAGUGCCAAUGGAGCACCCCAGAUUUGACUGGUUCCAAGAGCUGAAUCUCAAAUGGUAUGCCCUGCCAGCUGUGGCAAACAUGUUGCUGGAAGUUGGUGGUCUGGAGUUUACAGCCUGCCCUUUCAAUGGAUGGUACAUGGGCACAGAGAUUGGAGUCCGGGACUUCUGUGACUCCCAACGGUACAACAUUCUGGAGGAAGUAGGGAAGAAAAUGGGCCUGGAGACUAACAAGCUUGCCUCACUGUGGAAGGACCAGGCUCUGGUCGAGAUCAACAUUGCUGUGCUCCAUAGCUUCCAGAAGAACAACGUGACCAUCAUGGACCACCACUCAGCUUCUGAGUCCUUCAUGAAACACAUGCAAAAUGAGGUGCGCCUCCGUGGUGGCUGCCCCGCUGACUGGGUCUGGCUGGUCCCACCGAUGUCUGGCAGCAUCACACCGAUUUUUCACCAGGAGAUGCUCAACUAUGUUCUGAGCCCCUACUACUAUUACCAGGUGGACCCUUGGAUCACACAUGAAUGGAAGGAUGAAAAGAAAAAGCCAAUUAAACGUCAGAUCAAAUUCAAAGACCUGGCUAGAAUGGUCUUUUUUGCUUCGUAUCUCAUGCAUAAAGUUAUGGCUGCACGAGUGAAGGCUACCAUUCUGUAUGCCACAGAGACAGGAAAAUCAGAAACCUUUGCAAGGAAGCUGAACACCGUGCUGAACAGUGCCCUCAACUCCAGGGUGGUCUGCAUGGACGACUAUGAUUUCAGUGAAUUGGAAACAGAGACACUUGUGGUGCUCAUCACCAGUACCUUUGGAAAUGGGGAUUCUCCUGGGAAUGGACAGAAUUUUAAGAAGUCCAUAUUUACCAAGAAGCAGUUGAACAACAAAUUCAGGUACUGCGUAUUUGGACUGGGUUCACGCACUUACCCACAGUUCUGUGCAUUUGCACAUACCAUUGAUGAAAGACUGCGAGAGCUAGGAGCCUUUCAGAUAGCCCCCACAGGAGAAGGUGAUGAGCUUUGUGGGCAGGAAGAGUCAUUUGCCACCUGGGCAACAACUGUCUUCAAGAACAUCUGCAAAGAGUUUGAGAUCCAGGGGCAACCGAACAAUCAUUUUGAGGGCCUGGGAGGCACCAACCCCAUCUGGGAGCCUGAGAAACACAGAGUGUGCCAGGAGAUUCAGACUGUUGGACGUGUCAAAGCACUGUCGAUGCUCCAUUCAAAGGAUGUCUUUGGCAUGAAGUUGAAGUCCAGGAGGAACCUCCAGAGCCUUGAUUCAAGCCGCUCCACCAUCCUGCUGGAGUUAAUUAGCACUGAAUCUCAGGAUCUGGAGUAUCUCCCUGGUGAACAUCUUGGAGUUUUCCCCGAAAAUCAGACUGAGCUGGUCAGUGGUAUCAUCAAACGGCUGAAGGAUGCCCCACCAAGUCACCAGAACCUGCGCCUGGAGGUGCUCACACAGUCUGACCAAGGUUCCACUAAGAGCUGGAUAACCGAUAGCCGCCUACCGCCAUGUUCUAUCCAACAGGCCCUCACCUACUUCCUUGACAUCACCACUCCACCAAGCCAGCUACUUCUCAAGAAGAUGUGUCAGCUAACCUGUGAGGAAGGAGAGAGGAGACAGCUGGAGAAACUGGCCAAGGAUGCAGAGACAUACAAAGACUGGAAAGACUUCAGGAGCCCCACAUUGCUGGAAGUGCUUGACGAGUUUCCAUCCUUGGAGAUCACUACCCCUUUCAUCCUCAGUCAGCUGCCACCUCUGAAACCUCGGUUCUACUCAAUCAGCUCGUCUCAAGACCUGAACCCUCAAGAGAUCCACUUGACUGUGGCAGUUGUCAGUUACAACACCCAAGAUGGGCAGGGACCUGUUCACUAUGGAGUCUGCAGCAACUGGCUGAAUACAAUCAAAGAGGGAGACUUGGUUCCAUGCUUCAUUCGCAGCACAAGCAACUUUCUUCUACCCAAGGAGCCUAAUGCCCCUACUAUUUUAGUGGGACCUGGAACAGGCAUUGCUCCAUUCAGGAGUUUCUGGCAACAAAGACUACAUGAUAUGGAGAAAAAAGGGCUGAAAACCUGUCCGAUGACUCUGGUGUUUGGCUGCCGGCAAUCUGCCAUGGACCACAUUUACAAAGAUGAAAUGCUAGACAUGAAAAGGAAGGGCGUCUUAGAUGAAGUCUACACAGCCUACUCCAGGGAACCAGACCAGAAGAAAGUCUAUGUUCAAGACAUCUUAAGAGAGCAUCUGUCAGAGAAGGUAUUCACGCUGCUGUAUGAAAAGAAAGGCCACAUUUACAUCUGUGGGGACAUUCGGAUGGCUCAAGAUGUGGCCCAGACCCUCAAAGAGAUCCUGGCAGCUAAACUUGGAAAAAACAUGGAAAAGGCAGAGAAAUACUUGACGCAACUAAAGCUCGACAAACGAUAUCAUGAGGACAUCUUCGGAGUGGUAUUUCAGAAAUGAGCCCACGUGGACUGCUGUAUGCGUUUACAGAAACCGAGCUGCCUGAACACUGGAUAGACAGCAGCGCCACAUGUGGCCAUGGAGUUUGUGCUGUGGGUAACUCCAGGGCAGUUAGAGAGUAGUGCCAAAAGCUUCUAGUCAGAGCAUUCUGGAUAAAAAUACAAAAAUGAUAUAUAAUAUGGGCUUCCAUAGGUACACAUUUAACUUAUUUGUGUUGUACAUAGUUAAUCUGUUAGAGUAGUGGAUGUUUGACUAACAAUGCAGAGUGGCUGCCUUACUGAAUUGCUGGACUGUUCCACCUCUCCUCUCUUUACGACAAUUCAAAUGUGACUCACAUUUUCCAGAGCGGUACUCCCAGCCAGUGACUGCACUG